AACUGUGGUGGAUGUGGCGGAGCAGACGACCCGGCGGCCGCAACUCCUCAGAAUUUAUUUUUUAUUUACUCUUUUUCCCUUAAAUAUUUUAUAUAAUUUAAUAUUUUUGUUCGCGUUACAAUGGCCAAGCAUCUGGUGCAGCUGAUUGUUGCCGGUGUACAGGUGGUGGGUCGUGCCUUUAUCAAGGCUCUCAGGCAGGAGAUCGCAGCGAGUCAAGCAGCAGCAGAGAGAGCUGGCGGCGGUGCUGCGGGGGCCAAACACUCGGCGACCAAUCAGAAACUAGGAAUGAGCCUGGAGGAGGCGAAGCAGAUUCUCAAUGUCGAGGACCUGGAUCCCGAACGAUUGCGCAAAAACUACGAGUACCUCUUUAACAUCAACGACAAGAGUAAAGGUGGAUCAUUCUACAUCCAGAGUAAGAUGUGGUUGGAAGGAAGGCGGCAGAGAGGAGGCGUCUUGGUCACGUCUCCGCCGAGCACCACACACUUGGCAUGGAAGCCACUGCUUCUAUCUUCUGCUAGAGCAUAUACCACGUCUCCUCUUACCUGGGAGACAGUGUUGUCAGAGGACAAUCGUAAGAGGUUUAUCAGUCGUAUGGAAAACGCAAGAUCUCUCAGGAAGUUUUCAAAUGGUGCUGAGAGGUUGGCUGCUGUGCUCGUCCCUCUGUGUCACAUUGAGGGGGAAUUAUCACUUCUGCUCACCGUGAGGUGUGCAACGUUGAACAAUCACGGUGGAGAAGUGAGUUUCCCUGGCGGCAUGGCCGAUUUAAAUGAUGAAGACCUGGUGCAUACGGCGUUGAGGGAAGCAGAAGAGGAAAUUGGCAUCGAUCGUUCCAUUGCUGAUGUGUGGGGAAUGACACCACCGCUGCCUAGCAAGCUAGGGGGCACCUCAGUCAGGGGAGUCUUGGCAUACCUGGGGCAUCUUGACCCAUCACAUUUAAAACUGUCUGAAGACGAAGUGGAGUCGGUGUUUGCUGUCUCCAUCAGGAAUCUCAGCCGCCCUCAGAAUGCAAGACAGACGCAAUUCCGAUCAAAGAAAAUCCCACAAGGUUUCACCUUGCCUGUAUAUAUAGGAUCAGAACCUCGAAUCUGGGGUCUGACGGCCAUCAUAAUCCACAUUACUCUUAUAUCACUGCUUUCUGGUCUUUAUAAGCAUAAGUUAGUACAUGUACAUCACAUAUAAUGUUUUGCAGGUCAAUGAGGUAGUGACCUGCAAAACGGUGAAUGCAUUCACCAUUAAUCAUUAGCUCUGUUGCUAGAAGUGUGUUGACAUCACUGCUUAGAUGACCCUCUGAACUGUAACAUUCUUACCCAUCCAUGAAAGUGCAGGCACUGUACGUCCCACCUCCAGGAUUAACAUUCUCACCCAUCUUUCAGAGUGCAGGCACUGUACUUCCCACCUCCAGGACUCAAGUCUGAUUAACUAGUUUCCUUGAAUCCCUUCAUAAUUGUUACUUGCUCACACUCCAACAGCACAUCAAGUCACAAAAACCACUUGCCUCUACUUAUUCUAACAUGCUCACAUAUGCCUGUUGGACAUCCAAGCAUCUAAUGCUCAAAAUUUCCUUUACCUCCUCCUUCCAACCCUUUCUGGGAUGACCCCUUACCCCUCCUUUUCCAGAUUUAUUCACCUUUAAGUCAUUUUAUUUUCUUCCAUCCUCUUUAACCCUUUGACUGUCGCAGGCCCCUUUCUGAAACUGUCAUUCUAUGUCAAUAAAUUUUUGAAAAAAAAAAAUUUUUUUUUCUUAUGAAAUGAUAGAGAAUCUUUUCCCGAUGGUAAUGACACCAAAAGUAUGAAAUUUGGUCGAAAACUCAGGGAAUUACGCUCCCGUGAAGUUAGUGGUCUGGGCUACAUAUACGUAUCGGCGAUUUCGCCGACUUUGAGCCCUAUUUAUAGCCAAUUCCGUUGUUCCAGUCAACCAAACUCAUAGCUAUUUCUUUAGAACUCCAUUCUAUCUACCAAUUGAGUACAAGAAACCGCCCAUUUACCGAUUUGAACUACCCCAUAAAGUGGUCAGAAAUUGGCAAUUUGGCCAAUUUCACACAAAUUAAAAAAGAUGCCAGUUUCAAAAUAGGGUCCAGAAUAAACAAUGUAGACAUUCUUGGCACUAAAAUAACAUAUCCUCUGUUCAUUAGUCACAUCUCUA